AUGAAUCGGAAUGGUAUUUAUUAUGUUCCUGCUUCAACGUCCAAGCAUCAAAAGAAGGAAACAACAACUCGGAAUUUCAAUAGUAGUAGUACUACUCCAUCUUCUUAUCUUGACAAGGCUAUUCAUCAACAUUAUGAAACAAGAAAGAAAUUGUUGGCAAAUUCAAAUAACAAUAACAACAAUAACUCGAGAAGUGCUGCUACUCCUUCUUCUCACAAUAAUAACAACAACUCGAGUAGUCAUUUUCGAAAAGAUGGACCAUUAUCAUCAUCCCCUCCUUCCAUUCCAUCCGAUAUAUUUCCAGAGUUAGCCAAUUUUGAUAUGAAUGAAUGUGAGAAUUAUUCGACUCUAUUAUCAAAAUUAAGUGAUGAACAAUUAAACGUAUUGAAAUGUGCCAUAGAAGGACAUUCCAUGUUUAUUACAGGUGUUGCUGGAACUGGAAAAUCAUUUCUAUUAGAAUGUAUUAUUAAAACAUUGUCCAAUGUCCAUCAAAAGAAAGUUGUAGUCACAGCAUCCACUGGAAUUGCAGCUGUAAAUAUUGGAGGAUCUACCAUUCAUUCAUUUGCAGGUAUUCGAACACUCGACAAUGGUCAAGUGGAUAGUAAAACUGCAUGGAGAAAUGAUAAAGAAUGGCAAAGCACAGAUGUUUUAAUCAUUGAUGAAAUAUCCAUGAUUGAUGCUCAAUAUUUUGACCAACUUGAAGCUGUAGCAACAGAGAUUAGAUGUUUCUUUGAAAUUGCAACAUCAAAAGCACCAAAAGAAAUGGUCAUGAAACAAUUACCUGCAUUUGGUGGAAUUCAAGUGAUUUUAUGUGGUGAUUUUUUACAAUUACCACCCGUAGCAAAACCAUUUAAAAAUGAACAUGGAGAAACUGUCUAUCAAAAGAAAGAAAUGUGUUUCAAAGCAAAAUGUUGGCAAAAAAUAAUCAAAUAUACUUUUGAAUUAACCAAUGUCUUUAGACAAGAAGAAAAUGAAUGGGUAUCUAUUUUAAAUUCUAUAAGAACAUGUCGAAUUGAUUCCAAUGCAAUUUCACAACUCUCAAAAUUACAACACAAUCGAUUUGAAGGGAUGGAAAAAUCAACAGUCAUUCAUACUCUUAAUAAGAAUGUGGAUGGUGUCAAUGAAAGUGAAUUAUUGAAACUUGAUCCACCACACUUUAUUUAUAAGGAUCAUACUUACUUUUCUUAUGGAGAAUAUGAUCCAGGUGUUGAUCCUCCAAGCACUAAAGAAUCGAUUCGAAAUGCUAUUUUAUCAAAUUUUAAUUCAAGUAAUGCUGCACCUGAAAUUAAUUUGAGAGUUGGUGCUCAAGUCAUGAUGAUUAAGAAUGAUUUUACAAAUCAAUUAGUGAAUGGUACAAGAGGAGAAGUCAUUGGAUUUGUGAAACAAUCAGCACAAGAUUUAUAUUCGACCACAAAAACACUUAAACCCUAUGCUCAAACAUGGAUUGAUGAAAAUGGAGAAUUAUUUCCAAAAGUUGUUUUUACAAGAGAAGAAAAUGGAAAGGAAUACAAGAUUAUCAAAAUUGUACAUCCAGCAAUAUUUGAAACUGAUGGACCAAAGAAAUCAAAAGGUACACGUUUACAAAUACCUUUAAAACUUGCUUAUGCCAUGACUGUUCACAAAACACAAGGUCUCACUCUCGAUAAAUGUAUCAUUGAUUUGAGCACUGUAUUUAGUCCAGGACAAAUUUAUGUUGCACUCUCCAGAGCUAAAACAAUGAAAUAUUUGCAAGUGAAAAACUUUAAUUCCUCAACACUAACAAGACAUAUCAACAGGGAAGCCAUUGAAUUCUAUAGAGCAAUUAGUAAGAAUGAUUCGUUCAUUCCUCAAGACAAAUCACCCAAAGAAACAUUUAUUGCUAAAUUAUUAUCAAAACAUUCAGAAAGUUUUGCACAAAGAAAGAAACAAUUUGAAACCAUUUUAGAAAAAAUUGAUUUGGAGGGAAUGAGUUCACUCUCUCAAAAUUCAAAAAAGAGAAAAAAAACACAAGACUCUUCAUACACCUCUGAAUUGAUGAAGAAGGCCAAAAUGAGUCAAAAACCCUCCACAACCUUUGAAUCAAGUAAGAGAGGUGGUAAAUAUUACUGUGUUGCCACUGGAAGAAAACCUGGUAUUUAUUUGACAUGGGAAGAAUGCAAAACACAAGUCGAUAAUUUUAGAGGAGCAAAAUUUAAAUCGUUUCCAACACUUGAAUUGGCAGAACAAUAUAUGAAAGAACAUGGAAUCACCAAUUAA